AUGAUCCCCGAUCGACGAGGACCAAUCGGAGAAACGACAACCGUCUCUUGGAGACGUACGCGCGCGAGAGAGAGAAUUCGCCGAACGAAGAAUACGUGGAGAACGGAAAGUCCGUCGCUUCGUCAGCAGCUUCGUCGGGCGAAAGGUGCCGCGCGGUCGAGAACCCAGCAAGUACUGCUGAGGCCAACAGGUGAGCCGUGCCAGCGGUUUACAGUGCCAGUGGCGUAUCACACUGGUAUCCUGCCGAGGGCAACAGCCGAACAAAAUACUGUACAAUGUACCAUUCACGAAGUACGUGUUAAUCCAUGCAGAGAAGCUGAAGAAAGAAAGCCCUGUUCUUUAAAGAAGGGUCAAGAUGCAAGCAUAAGUUUUGACUACACCCCCCAGUUCAAUGGCUCGUUAUUUAGCAGGGCAUACUGGGCUUCUGAGAUCGUAGAUUUGCCAUUCUUAGGUAUGCCAAUCGAUGCCUGCCCAUCCACUACUUGCCCAGCUUCACCUGGUCAAAAGCAAACGUAUUCAGUGGUAUUGCCUAUCUCUAAAAAAUUCCCUACGCGAACAUACGAUCUCAAAUGGAGAUUGUGGAAUGAACAAGAACAAGAAUGCUGUUUUAUGUUUCAAAUUAAAUUGGUAAAAUGAAAUUGUUGUUCUUAAAUUUUCAAUGUAUCAUCCUUCACAAUGAUUAUAAUUCACCAAUCAAUAAUUUAGUGAAAUAAAUGAUAUUCAUAUCAA